AGUGUUUCCAUCUUUGUCAAAGAUGGUGGAGACCAAGCAGAAGUGUUGUUACGAGACAAACACAUCGAAAUUGUUCGCAGUGUCGUAAUUGAGUGUGACUGAAAAAUCUGACGCGGUCCAAUGUUCUCUGACCUUCCUAAGUUUCUUUCCCUACUUUCUACAUGAAUACAUCCAAAAAUUCUGACCUAAUUCACCUACAAUCAUUCUCUGAUCAUAACCAUUCCAUGUGCGCAUUUUGAUCCUCUCCUCUUUCAGUGGAAAAUAAUUGGACCAUCAAUACCAUGGCGGAUUCGUUGCAUAAGGAUGGAUAUGAAACCCCUAGUUUGCCCAUACGUGCCAACAGCGGUAACAUAGGAUCGGACAGUGACAUGAAGAUGGAACCGUCUAGUCCUACAGAAAAGUAUACUUUCUCCCGUUGUAGCAGUACAGGAUCAGUAAAUACACCAUCCUCAUCCGCUCACAAUACAGAGGAUGAAGAUAGUGAUAACAAAAAUUCCACCAUAAGCUAUAAGGAGCGCAGGAGAGAGGCUCACACGCAAGCUGAGCAGAAGAGGCGGGACGCUAUCAAGAAGGGUUACGACUCCCUCCAGGAUUUGGUCCCAACAUGUCAACAUACAGAUUCCUCAGGCUAUAAGAUUUCCAAAGCUACAGUGCUUCAAAAAUCCAUCGAUUACAUACAGUUUCUGUUGCAACAGAAGAAAAAACAGGAGGAGGAACGUAACGCGCUGAGGAAGGAAGUUGUCGCGUUGCGCAUUAUGCAAGCUAAUUACGAGCAAAUUGUCAAAGCACAUCAGACACAACCGGGACACGCGGAGAUGCGUAUUUCGGACGAGAUGAAAUUUCAAGUGUUUCAGGCAAUAAUGGACCGCCUUUUUCAAACAUUUAAUAAUAUUUCUGUAGCUAAUUUUGCAGAAUUAUCUGCUUGCGUGUUUAGUUGGUUGGAGGAGCAUUGUAAACCUCAGACUCUAAGCGAAAUAGUAAUAUCUGUACUACAACAACUCAACAGUCAGAUUAGCUAGUCGAAUGCAAUCUUGGAACAAGAUACACGCCGCACAAAUAUCUCUGAGGAAUUUAUAUCUACGAAGAAACGCUACGAAGAAACGCUACGAAGAAACGCUACGAAGAAAUGAUUAAAUCUACGAAAAAUAUAUGGCGUGCUAAUAUCUAGAAACGACAUCAAGAUUGAGAAACAAAGCGUACAUCUUUUUUUUUUUUCAUUUGAUUAGUGGUACAAUUAAGUCUUAAGUCGGGGUCCCACGGCGCGUAGAGGCUCGCCGAGCCAAAUAUGACAAACCACGCGCCGUGGGACCGCGGUGGGCUCGCUAUUGCUCGCUAUUGCUCGCUAUUGCUCGCUAUUGCUCGCGGCUCGCGGCUCGUUCUUCCCGUUGAUUGUCGGUAAAUUGAUUGCGAGUCAAAGGACUUGCAGAGUCACGAGUCAACAAGCCGCGUCGUUGUACCAUUUAUUUGUCAGUAUUCGCGUGAACUUGUACGUGUGUGAAGUUAGCAUAUCAUAUUUUGACAUUGCAUGAAAAAACAACAGUUCUGCUCGCAUACACUAUAGUUCUACAGUUCUAGAUAGUUUUUAACAAUAGUUCUAUCGAAUUACGUAAAAAAACAAAAAAAUAAAAUUUCAAGAAAUGAGAUGCUAACUUCCCAGCUGUCUCACCUUCCAGCAUCUCACCGGAUUUCGAACAUAUGAGCCAUAAAGUACAAGUAUUCGAAGAGUUCUACCGUUUCAACUCAUCAUAUCAAUAGUUCUGGUCAUAAGAACAAUAAAAAAAAAUUCUAGUCAUUAUUAAAAGCAUUUCACGCACUGAAAUGUAAUAUGCUAGCGUCACUAGCAAUAAUGUAAAUGAUACUAGGGACUGGGAACUAUGAUUCUAUGCUCGUACAAACCCAGAACUAUGACUAGUGACGCCAACAUAUCAUAUUUAGGCACUUUUAGCGGGCAUAAUAAUUAUAGACAAAUAGUUAAAUGAUUGUUUCUAAAUAGAACUGUAAUGUGUAAAUGAUACUAGGGACUGGGAACUAUGAUUCUAUGCUCGUACAGCGCGUGAAAUGCUUUUAAUAAUGACUAGAAUUUUUUUUUAUUGUUCUUAUGACCAGAACUAUUGAUAUGGGUUGAAACGGUAGAACUCUUUGAAUACUCGUACUUUAUGGCUCAUUCGUUCGAAAUCCGGUAAGAUGCUGGAAGGUGAGACGGGAAGUUAGCAUCUCAUUUCUUGAAAUUUUAUUUUUUUGUUUUUUUACGUAAUUCGAUAGAACUAUUGUUAAAAACUAUCUAGAACUGUAGAACUAUAGUGUAUGCGAGCAGAACUAUCGUUUUUUCAUGCGAUGUCAAAAUAUGAUAUGCUAACUUCACACACGUUGAACUUGUCCACUUCUAGGCAGUUGUUAAUACUUUAGUGCGCACUGUGGAAUGGUGGAAACGAGAAAACUAUUGAGUUUUUAGAAUUGUAUGAAAAAGAAGAAUUAUUCGAAACAUAUUUCACAUAAAGAUCGAAAUGCAGUUAACGACUCUUAAAACGACUCCACUUAAAAAAUAAUAUACAUUGCUGCACAUGCAAUUACUUCCGCUUCUUCCAUUUUUCUAACUACAGAUUUUUGAAAACUGAGACCAAGACGAGCCACGCGCUGGAGCCUAUAUGACUUGUUAAAGCUCGUUUGACAAUGCACGAGCCGAACUUGUAACGAGCAUAGGCGAGCCACGAGCUGAACUUUUGACAAGCAUAGGCGAGCCACGAGCAGAGCUUCUUACUAGGCGAGCUACGAGCCAUAGCGAACCACCCCGGUCCCACGGCGCGUGGUUUGUCAUAUUUGACUCGGCUCGCCGUAACUCGGCGAGCCUCUACGCGCCGCGGGACCCCGGCUUUAAUAAUCCGGGAUCAGAGAGAUUGAAGUAGAUUUAGAUAUUGAGAUAUUUUCGCUAAAAUUUUCUUCAUUAGUGCAAUGUUUGACAGCUUAGUCAUACAUAUAGUUAAUAUAUAUAAAACUUGCAAAAAUUUAUUUCUCAUUCAUCGUUAAUAUUAAUAAUCUCUUCUUCAGAUUAAAUCCUGGUUUCAAACAGACCUACUGUAUUGACACCGAUUAUCCGAACAUUAAUUUCUUCUCAUGUUCGAUAUUUGAACAUAAAUGAAGGAAAAUUUUUAAUUCAUAUUCAUGGCAUGUUGUUUUAUUAUACUUAUAUUUUUUGUUCCAUCUUUUCUUUUCUUUUUAGUUUUGUGCGGGUAAUCAAUAGCAGAUAUUCCCCAACUUGUACGGAUAAUCAGUGUCUUACUGUAGCUUUUUUUUUUAUAAAUUAUAGAUGUAUCAGGCUCUGAUGACUGUUAAAAUCAAUAAUAUUUGAUAGGAGCGUUUUUUUUUUAUAGUUGGUAAUUUUGGAUAAAAUGGUAAUUCUGGGAUAAAAUUUUCUGUAUGUAAUGAGAUCUUUUAAGAAAUAUUUAGACCAAUUAUGCGUAAAGUUACCAAAAGAAAUACGCAUUGCAUGCGGAUAUAGAAUGAUUGCGUGGGAAUUACAAAUAAAAGUUUAUUUUGUAUACAGCUAGUAGACGUAGGUACGGAUAUGAUGCAGGGUUGUUAUCAGCGACCAUUAUUGAUGUUGAAUAUUUUUACCAGAUCUUUUAUUGCAUGUAUACAUACUUUGCGAUAAAUAAAUGGCAUAUAUUGUAUAUA